UAAGAAAGCUUAUCAAGUUUUUUGCCCAAAGCUCUAAAUAAUUGGUGUAAUAUUUUAUGUUGUUCUCUUACAUUUCAUACUUUUUACUUCGAUAAUUUCGUGUUGUUUUUCCAUCAAUUCGAAUAAUUAGUAGUAGAUAAUCACUAACGUAAUUUGAAUUAAAAAUAUUACAGUGCCUGUGGUGUCCUAUUAACAAUCGAUACGAUUUGUUAUGCACAGUGACAACGCUGAAAAUUUUCCCAUUUUAUUCGGGUGAUUUUUACCGAGUACUGUUUUAAAGUUUUUCAAUCUCCCUGAACAAUUGCCGCGUCGUUUUCUCUAAUAAUGUUCUUGCAAACUGUACGGAACCAAUGAUCUUAAAAUUCAGAUGUUGUGAUUGUUAUAUAUGUCCAAGAAUGCCUAUAUUCAAGUUGUUGAAGAGCUGGCGAUUUUGGAUUAGAUUAUUGAUUUUGCUUUUCUACUUAAUUCUUAUCGUUGUUAUUCUACCGCUGCUCGUAACAAGAGCCAUAAAAGAUGGAUUCCAGAGGAAAAUCUCGAUUCCUCUUAUUGGCGGCGUUUUCGUUAUCAUGACGUUGCCCAUGUCGUUUUGGUUAAUUAUUCAGCAUAUGUUGUAUUAUUCUAAACCAAAAUUGCAAAAGCAUAUCAUACGUAUACUAUGGAUGGUGCCUAUAUAUUCCUUGAACGCUUGGUUUAGCUUACUCUAUCCGGACAACGUCAUGUACCUAAACAGUUUCCGAGAAUGUUACGAAGCUUACGUAAUUUACAGUUUUAUGCGAUUUUUAUUCAAUUACUUGCACGAAUGUUUCGACGAUAUUGUUGAAACUUUGGAAAAUAAACCCCAAGUAUCGCAUAUAUUUCCGUUGUGUUUUUUGAGUGAUUGGAAAAUGGGCAGAGAUUUAAUUCACGGGUGCAAGCAUGGAAUACUGCAGUAUACCGUUGUUAGACCUUUGAUGACGGUCAUAGCAGUAUUAUGUCAUUGGAGCGAUGAUGAAACCAACAAACAACUGGGUUUCAUUUUAACGUUCAUUGUGAAUAAUAUAUCCCAGUUUGUGGCUAUGUACUGCCUCGUAUUAUUCUAUUGCGCUACGAAAGAAGAAUUAGCUCCUAUGAAACCGGUGGGGAAAUUUUUAUGCAUCAAAGCGGUUAUUUUCUUUUCAUUUUUUCAAAGUGUUAUAAUUACUAUUUUGGUAUGGACUGGAAUAUUACAGCCGUUUUUAAAUUUUACGCAAAUGAAAAAUGACCGAGGAGGCGAUAUUGCGGAAUACAUUCAGAAUUUCUUGCUGUGCAUUGAAAUGUUCUUAGCGGCUAUCGGACAUCAUUACAGUUUUACUGUUGAUACGUACGCUGAAAUUUUGUGCAGUCGUAAGUCUUGGAAAGAAGCGUUGUACGCUUUAUGGGACUUUUCAGACGUUGGUGCUGACAUUAAGGAGCAUCUAGGUGUUGUUGGUACUUCGAUAACCAGGCAUAUUAAGCCGAGAAGCAACACAUCUGUGAAUAAUUUGUUAGACGAUGGAAAUAAGAGCGAGUCCUCUCCAUUGCUAGUCGACAACUUUAAACUAGGAGAUAAUAUUCAUGUUGUGCAUAGAGAUGCGCAGAGUUCUAGCAAAACAAAAAUCGUAACGGCUAACAUUUGCUGAUGAAACAGGAAUAAGUUUGCAAGGAAAUGAAAAAUGUUUCUGUGAUAUUUUAUUUGUUUUUUUUUUAAUGCACCGUUCUUAAACGUAUAUUUGUUAUAAUUACUUUUGUUCGGAUAAAAUUAUUCUACUCCAACGGUAUAGGUAAGGUACUAUUGGAGUACUGGAAAUUGUAAUUAUUGUUGCGAUCGUGCGUAUUUCUAUCGAUCGUGUUCGUUGAAAUUCCUGUAGGUAAAUAUAAGUACUGUUUUUUUUU